GAAGCGCGCUUGGUUCACUCAGCUCCUGGAUGCCGAAAGCGCACACAGAAACAGACACGGGGAAUAGCAACUUGCAUGGCUCUCUUCUUUUUUAAUCUAUGGCAAAUCAGUUGUGACUUGUUAACGGUAGUAGCCAUCAUCCGUGAAGGCAAACAACGAAACCACAAAUAGAAUCGCCAACAUAUCAGUUUCCUACAGUUUCACAUUCCGGCGCACACGGUGAAAAUGAAGGCGAAAAACCGUGACCAAAGCCUGUCGGACUCCAGAGAGCUGGACGGAUCCUAUGACCAGCUAACGGGUAAUCCUGCCACCAGCCAAAACAAAAAAACCAUAAAGCAGCGAUUCCUCAAGCUGCUGCCAUGCUGCAAGCCCACGGUUGCCCCCUCAAUCAGUCAAAACAGCGUGGAAGAUGACUUUGAGUUAUCCACUGUGUGUCAUCGCCCUGAAAGCAUGGACAAGCUGCAAGAGCAGACUAAGUUCACCAAGAAGGAGCUGCAAGUCCUCUACAGGGGCUUCAAAAAUGAGUGUCCAAGUGGUGCGGUGAAUGAGGAGAACUUUAAGAUCAUUUACUCCCAGUUCUUUCCACAGGGAGAUUCAAGUAUGUAUGCACAUUUCCUGUUUGAAGCCUUCGACACUAACAAGAACGGCUCAGUUAGUUUCGAGGACUUUGUAUUUGGUCUGUCUAUCAUCCUGAGAGGGACUAUUAAUGACCGGUUAAACUGGGCGUUCAACCUCUAUGACCUAAACAAAGAUGGCUGCAUCACCAAAGAGGAGAUGUUGGACAUCAUGAAGUCCAUCUAUGACAUGAUGGGGAAGUACACAUACCCCACUAUGCAGGACGAUGUUCCAAGAGAACACGUGGAGAGCUUCUUCCAGAAAAUGGACCGGAAUAAAGACGGGGUGGUCACCAUAGAAGAGUUCAUCGAGACAUGCAAAAAGGAUGAGAACAUCAUGCAGUCCAUGCAGCUGUUUGACAAUGUCAUCUAAGGAUCUGGACCAGAGAGUAGGCUGGCACCAGGGAGGGC